UCUCUUUUAACUCUCCUCUGCUCUCUCUCUCUCUCUCUCUCUCUCUCUCUCUGUAUUCUCCACUCAGAAGAACAGAUCUUUAAUCUUCCAGAAUCGGAGCGAAGAUGAACGAUUUGAUGACAAAAUCGUUUAUGAGUUACGUGGAGCUGAAGAAGCAGGCGAUGAAGGAUCUUGAAUCCGGGCCCGUUCUGGACAUCGAGAUGGGUCAACUCGACCCGAGUGAUGAAAAGAACCUGUCCAAGUUCUUUGAAGAUGUGGGCGCUAUCAAGGCCGACAUGGAAGAGAUCUCUAAUCUCCUUCUUGAUCUUCACGACCUCAACGAAGAAACCAAGUCUGCCCAGAGUGCCAAGAUUCUCCAUGGCCUCAGGGACAGGACUAACUCUGACAUGGUCACUGUUCUCCGAAAGGCCAAAAUCAUCAAGACAAAACUGGAACUCCUCGACAAAUCAAAUCUCUCGAAUCGAAGUUUAUACAAAGAAGGAACCCCGAUCGAUCGGACAAGGAUGUCGGUGACGAACGGCCUAAGACAGAAACUGAGGGAUUUGAUGAACGAUUUCCAGUGCCUGAGAGGGAAAAUCGUGGCGGAGCACAAAGAAGGCUUAAAGCGGAGCUACUAUACUGCCACGGGGACCCAACCAUCCGAGGAAACCAUCGAGAAAAUGAUGGAAGGGGGGAAGGAGAGGGUUUUUGAAGGAAAGGCGGGGGAAAUGGCGAAGGAGAAUGAAGAAAGGAACAAGGGAGUGAAGGAGAUUCAGAAAAGCCUUGCAGAGCUUCACCAGGUGUUUCUUGACAUGGCUGUAAUGGUGGAGACCCAAGGUGAGCAAAUGAACAAUAUAGAGCAGAAUGUGGUGAAUGCCGGGGCUUAUGUGAAGGAUGGGGUGGAGGAAUUGAAUCGAGCUAAGCAGAUGAAGAAGAAGAGGAGGACUCUCCUCUGUUGGGUUGGGGUUAUUAUCCUUGCCAUCUUCCUUGUUUUCCUUCUUGCCAUCCUGUUUUGAAGUUUCUUACCACUUUUUCAUUGAGUAAUCAUGCUUUGAUUCAUAUCAUUCUUGUAUACCUAUAUACAGUUCAGUGUCUCUGUAAUGCACAGGGGAAAAUAGUAUAAUGAUAGUGUGUGAUGUUCUUCUUGUUGUGCUUAUGUAUAAUCUUUUACU